CGUAGUGAAGCAAAUAUUUCAAGUGAAGGCAACUGAAUGAGUAACUAUUAUGCCGCCUUACCGCAGAUCAUCUUACCAAAGCGAUAUGCAAGGCCUGGUUCGUAAAUGUGCCUUGAUAGGUGUGGGUAUUAGCUUCGUUAUUGCGCUUUUUUACUGGUGGUUGCCGGGCGAGAGCACGGUGUAUUCUACUGGAAACAGUGCAAGUAUUGACUAUUAUCACAGAAUUGCUUGUGAUAAGAAAUACAACGACACAUAUCCUCUGACUCGUCCAGAAACCACAGCACAGGGAAAGAGAUUUAGAAUCGGCGUCAUUGCGGAUCUUGAUGAAAAUUCGAAGUCUUCCUCCAAAGCAAACACAUGGACAAGUCAAUUCAAACGUGGAUAUUUAACACUCCUUAACAAUGGACGGGUUUCCGUGGAGUGGGAUCAAGAUAUAGUAAUUUUAUCCUCUACUUUGUCUCAGAAGGGAAGGGGAAUGGAACUUUCGGAACUUAUAGUUUUUAAUGGGAAGUUGUACGCUGUUGAUGACCGCACUGGUGUUGUUUUCCAGAUUCACGACAAGCACACUAUUGCUUGGGUGAUUUUACCAGAUGGAGAUGGCACGGAAGCUAAGGGAUUUAAAGCAGAAUGGAUGGCAGUCAAAGGUAAAACUCUCUACAUUGGUGGACUUGGAAAGGAAUGGACUUCUGUUGAGGGAGUUUUCCAAAAUCAUAAUCCACAGUGGGUGAAAAGCAUUGGGCCUAAUGGAGAUGUGGUACAUCAUGACUGGGUGUCCAGGUAUGAAGGUUUGCGAGGGGCCUUAGGGAUCCAGUACCCAGGUUAUGUUAUACACGAAGCAGCAAACUGGAGUGACAAACAAAAGAAGUGGUUUUUCUUGCCGAGGAGAGCCAGCCAUGAGAUGUAUAAUGAGAAAGAUGAUGAACAUCGUGCAACAAAUGUAUUGAUAUCCUGUGAUGAAAAUUUCACAAACUUUCAUGUGCACACCAUUGGGGAACUUAAUUUGACUCACGGGUUUUCUUCAUUUAAGUUUAUUCCUGGGACAGAUGAUAACUUGUUUGUUGCACUGAAGACUGAGGAAGACAAAGGAACCAUUCGUUCAUAUAUUGUGGCCUAUGAUAUUCAUGGAAGGAUGCUUAUGGAUGAGAUUCUAAUUGGCAACAAUAAGUUUGAAGGAAUAGAAUUUAUAUGAAGAAACAUGAUGAGGAGUAUUUUUAGCACUUUCUUAUUUUUGGAUGGUUUUCUGUAAUUUAUGAUAGUGAGCAUACUUAUUAAAUAAAGUGGU